AUGGUGGUUACACAUAUUGACCUCGAGCAGCGAGAAGUAAUGGAGGAGGUGAUAUUUUUAACCGAAAGACCCACAGGGUUUCCAGAACACAGGAGGCGUUUAUCUUCAUGUACGCUUGAUGGCGUUGAGACUACCGAAGCCGUUGAUUACGAGGAGAUCAUCGAUCUCACUGCAGAACUCACAGGCCUGCCACUCUCUCGUCAAGGCGAGCUUCAUUUGGAGAAAAUACAACUGCUCAGUGUCACAGUACAAAAAGAGUCAUUCAUCCGGGUCAGAAAAUUUCUUUUCGGUAAAUACCAUGUCAAGUUUGUUCUGGUCAAGGCAGUGAUCCGAUGCCUAUCUGCAAAUACGAUCAAAAUCCGCGGCAUUCCCUUUAUCAAGGCUAGUGAGGGAUACUCGAAACCCUACAACAUGAUGUCGAAUGAAGUUUGUAUGCUCAUUUACCAAGAUGAAGCAAAACAUCAGGAAUUCGUGGACAUCAACCUCUCCGAUAAGCUGGAGGUUUGCUUUGUCGGACAAGGGAGCCGCAAGAGGCAGGUUGAAGAGGCAUUCAUCCGCAUACACUCGAGUGAAGCAGACACACAGUUCAAGGUUUCCGACGAAGUGCUGCGAAAGCGAUGGCGAGGCAAAACGAAUAAAGGAGGGUCUUGGAUCCCUUCAAACAUGGGCCACCCCGUCGAUCUCGAGUCCGACACUGAAGAUAACCAGACUCGACUCGACGGACAAAGAUACACAAUGUUCGACUCAUGCUCCGGCGCAGGAGGGGUGUCGCGAGGUGCCCUCAUGGCAGGAUUUAAGAUCCAGUAUGCUAUUGACAAGGCCCCGGAAGUAUGGGAUACCUAUGAGACCAACUUUCCUGAUACUGAACUAUUCCGAAUGCCCCUUGAUGAGUUCAUUUCGCAGCCUAAUGUUGGCCAUAAGAGAGUAGAUGUUCUGCAUUUUUCUCCACCAUGCCAAUUUUUUUCUCCUGCACACACUCAUGCGUCUAUACAUGACGACGACAAUAUUGCCGCGCUCUUUGGAUGCAAUGAACUGCUGCAGAAGCUGCGGCCGCGCAUAGUUACGGUGGAGCAGACGUUUGGUCUCACCCAUGACCGUCAUGGAGAUUAUUUCAACGGCCUCCUUCAUGACUUCACGCAGUGGAACUACUCAUUCCGCUGGAAAGUGGUCAAGCUCUGUACCUGGGGCGCAGCGCAAGAUCGGAAGAGACUGAUCAUAAUUGCUUCUGCGCCUGGAGAAAGACUGCCACCAUUCCCAAUGCCGACACACGGAGAAGAAUCUGGCUUGUUGCCAUACAACACCAUUGGCAAAGCUCUUAGGGGAGUUCGACUUGGAGACGAUCUUCAUGAUCCUGAUAGGGUCCAACAAUUUAACCCCCCACGUGCCCCAUACAAUUCCGAACGCCUCGCAGGAACAAUCACCACUAGAGGAGGUGACGUUUACUAUCUGGAUGGGUCCAGAAAGCUGACUCUGCGAGAGUUUGCAAGCCUUCAAGGAUUCCCAAGGUGGCACCUGUUCUUAGGGAAUAUCACAUCCAUCAAGCGACAGAUUGGCAACGCCUUUCCGCCAGUCACUGUCCGUGUGCUAUAUAAGCACAUAGAACAGUGGCUCCUGAAAGAAGACGGCAUGAUGCCCUGUCAUGAUCGAAACAUCAUUGCCAUAGAAGAGGACUCCGAGGACGAGUCACGCCGCUCCCCAGAGAUGAUGGAGGUAGACAUCGAGGAGAGAAGCAACUAUGACCACUGUGUAUCUGAGACGAUGGUGAUUGACUUGACAUGA